AUGACGAAGCAUGGCAUUCAUUUCUACACCAGUCAAAAUCCUGAAACGAAAGCAGCCGUGGUGGAACGGUUUCAAAGGACUCUGAAAAAUAAAAUGUGGCGAUACUUUACACAGCAUGGGACCAGACACUAUUUGAAAGUCUUACCCCAGUUGAUCAAGUCGUACAACCGUCGUGUGCAUCGGACCAUUGGCCAGCGACCUGUGGACGUCCUCCCAGGAGAUCCCCUGUCAGAAAUUCGGGUGUUAGACUACAUGGAGGAAAAACAACAACAACAACGGCUUCAGCGCAAAAAGAAAAUAACAACACAAAGACCGUCGUCCCCCAAGACAAGAUCCCCCUCUCUUUUACUGCCGGGCACCCGUGUACGUCUGAACAAAACCAAAGGCACCUUUGAGAAAGGUUAUCUCCCCAAUUGGACCACCGAACUGUUUACGGUGGAUCGGUUGGUGACUGGGAGAACACCUCCUGUGUAUCGGAUCAAAGAUGAUCAUGGUGAAGUCCUCCAAGGAACUUUUUACCCUGAAGAAAUACAACCCAUCUUGAAAACAGACGAUGUGUAUGCCGUGGAUCGCGUGCUGAAAAGACGUCCAGGACCGAAACAGGGUCAAGAAGAGGUCUUGGUGAAAUGGACUGGCUACCCUGCCAGUUUUAAUUCGUGGAUCCCUGCAGAUCAUUUACAGAUAAAAUAA